CGCGGCCCCGGGGUUGUGGGGGGGGCUCUCUGAUAGGCUUCCUCCGCCGGCAUGGCUGCUCUCAGCCCCGCCUCCCUUCAGCGCGUCCAGAAGGUGGUGAGAUUGGGAUGCGAGGGAAGGGAGAGCAGUUACCGUAGUCCGAAAGAAGGGCAGGGGUUACGAAGAAGGAGGCGAAGGUGAAACCGCUGGUAGAGGGGAAGGGGCUGUCGCCGAACAGGGCCUACGGCCCAGACGCCAGCAGGCACCAAUCAGGUGACAGAGAGGCGGACGGGGCGGGGCCUUCGGCCCUGCUCCUCACCUGGCCCCGCACGUGUCUCGUUUACCCGGGCGGCCUAACCAAUUACGGCCCGGAAGGCUGAGCCUGCCCCACUCGCGGGGCGGGCCAAUCUAAGGCUGCCAUCCGGGGAAGCUGGCCUGGCCUUAUGAAUAAUUAAUAUGACAGAGCCUGUCCCCAGGCGGGGUAGGGAUGGAGGGAGGCGGGGGUGCCGCUGGGCGCCUGCGCAGUAGCUGCCCGUGUCGGCAGCUGCGGCGGGUCGCACGGCUCCGUCCCAUCUCGGGGGGCGGGCGGGGGAGGCGAGGCGCGCGAGCAGAGCGCGGGGCACGAUGUCCGACGCGGGCGGCGGAAAGAAGCCGCUUGUAGAGCCGCAGGCGGGGCCAGGCCCGGGGCCGGGGCGCGCAGCCGGGGAAAGGGGCCUGCCGGGCUCCUUCCCUCUGGUCCUGAAGAAGCUGAUGGAGAACCCCCCGCGCGAGGCGCGCCUAGAUAAGGAAAAGGGGAAGGAAAAGCUGGAGGAAGACGAGGCUGCAGCAGCCAGCACCAUGGCCGUCUCUGCCUCCCUCAUGCCACCCAUCUGGGACAAGACCAUCCCAUAUGAUGGCGAGUCUUUCCACCUGGAGUACAUGGACCUGGAUGAGUUCCUGCUGGAGAAUGGCAUCCCUGCCAGCCCCACCCACCUGGCCCAGAACCUGCUGCUGCCUGUGGCUGAGCUGGAAGGGAAGGAGUCGGCCAGCUCCUCCACGGCGUCCCCGCCAUCCUCCUCCACCGCUGUCUUUCAGCCCUCGGAAACCGUGUCUAGCACAGAAUCCUCCCUGGAAAAGGAGAGGGAGACACCCAGUCCCAUCGACCCCAACUGCGUGGAGGUGGAUGUGAACUUCAAUCCCGACCCUGCCGACCUGGUCCUCUCCAGUGUGCCGGGCGGGGAGCUGUUCAACCCUCGGAAGCACAAGUUUGCAGAGGAGGACCUGAAGCCCCAGCCCAUGAUCAAAAAGGCCAAGAAGGUCUUUGUCCCUGAUGAACAGAAGGACGAAAAGUACUGGACGAGACGCAAGAAGAACAACGUGGCGGCCAAGCGGUCCCGGGACGCCCGGCGCCUGAAGGAGAACCAGAUCACCAUCAGGGCGGCCUUCCUGGAGAAGGAGAACACAGCCCUGCGGACGGAGGUGGCGGAGCUGCGCAAGGAGGUGGGCAAGUGCAAGACCAUCGUGUCCAAGUACGAGACCAAGUACGGGCCCUUGUAACCUGUGCCCCCGCCCGGGCAUGCUGCCUCACCUCAGACCUCUGCCUGGGACCCCUGAAACCCACCCCUGCGUGGAGACUUAUGACUCGUCGUGGGCGCAUGGCGGUGCACCUGCCCCAGGAGCCUUCACGUUCAAGCUUCAUUAUCACAUGGCCAGCACGGCGACUUCCCUGGGGGCCAGCCUCCUCCCUGGCGGGAUGCGAGAGAAUCUACAAGAUGGUGAAUCAGCCUUAGUCUCUGUUCUUGGCUGUCUCAGUUGGACCGGAAGGGGACCUCUGGAGCAUGGGCUCUUCUUUUCCAGGGUACCCAGGCUUCCCUGACUCUCCCUGCUUCUCCAGCCUGGGCCGUCCAGGCCUGUCUCUGCAGAAUGAGUCAUGAUGGCUGUCGCCCUUACAUCUUCUCAGGUAGCAGGGCGCAUUUCCAGGUAGGGAGGGUCUGUUGUCCUCCCUAGAAAGUCUUAGAGAAAAACAUCCGUUCCCAUCUUCCUCAAAGGUAAAAAGACAUGCCAGCUCCUCUGUAGUGUCCACGUGGGUGCCAGGCCGCAGCGGCUGGGUGUCUGCACAGCCUGGGACGGGCUUUGCGUCUGGGCCUGCAACAGAAGUGCACCCAACCAUUCGUGGCUCCCUCACCCCUUUUCUCUGUGGCUCCGAGGCCUGGAAGGAGGAGGCCCUGGGGAGGGGUUCCCUCUGCGUUCCAUCCGCCUUUGGGGAGAGACUCCCAGGGUGGUGGUCUCUGAGCUUUGGUCGCCGUGCAUAUCUCCUCUUCUCCAGGUCACUUGUGGAGGCCGCCUGAGUCAAAUUUGUCCCACCAGACUGGGCCUCUCGGCCUGCUGUUUCUUGUCAUCCAGUGACCAAGCUCAGAUCUUGGAUUUAAAAGAAAGAGCCUCCUCGUCUAGGAAGCUUAACUUCCUGGAGCUGGGAUGCACCUUCUGCAUGGUGUUCAGAAAACCGGUCUCCACAGCCCCUCAUGCUGUAGGCGGGGAGCUGGGGCAUGUUUCUCUUGAAGCUCCCGCUCGUUCUUGCUCUGCUUUCCCAUGCGGGCCAGGCCUGAGUCCGCUGUCUCUGAAAAGCAGAAGAGGGCUUCCCAGUUCUGGCUUCAGGAUCCACCCCGUGCGAGCGGCCUGGAGGGCGUCACCAGGCAGGACACCUGGUCACCUGGUCGCAGCACAACUCUUUUGGAACAGCGGGCUCUGGGGACAUUUACAUAGGCUAGAGUCCCCUCGAUCUGGGUCCCAGGAGACAGCCACCCAUGCAAGCCUGGCUGUGGUGUGGUGUGGAGGGGCCCGCCUCCCAGCUGCUCCUUUCUCUUGUGUCCAACUGGACUCGUCCUUUGGCUCUGCCCGAAAGAUUAAUUAAGGAGAUCCGUGGAAGCGUCUGCUCGCUGCGGUCAGCUGGGGCACUCAGAGAUGGGUGUAUUUAUUUGCUCAGGGCAGGCAGCCUGUGGUAAGGAGGGGUCAGAGGUGACGGGCACACUUUGUCACAUUCACCACUGGCUUUAUUUAAAGUGGUGGCUCGGAGUCCUGGGCCUUGACCCCUAAAGACUUUCCAUAAUAGAUGUUAAGAGCAGGGGAAGCCAUCCACUGGCCGUGGACCACACCCCAGGGGAACGCCACAGCCCUCCAGGGACCUGCACACCCGUCUCUCCAGGGGACUUGACAAGGGUCCCUGAGGCCAAGGGAUGUCAGCGCCCUCCCUGCAGGCCCCUGACUUUUACUUUGUGGUUUUAUGAAAACCAUGUUCACACUUUUCACUCUAUUGUAACCACAACAGGGCAGUUGCAUCCGGCAUGUCAGUGUCCUGCCCUGGGCAGCUCGCCCGCCCGGGCACUCUCCCUCUGGUCUGGCCACCCACCAAGAGGGCACUUCUCAUUUUGUUAUUGGUAGAAGAGCCACCAGCUUAAAAGCUCUUCAUUUUCUUUGGCCAGAAGUGUAUGGUUUGUGUUUCUUUCAGUUUUUUCCCCUAAGGGAUGGACAUUUAGUCUCUGGGUGGCGUCCACUUUCCGACCCCAGCGGGUGAGAUGACGGCCUGAUGUCUCUUCUCUUUGUCCCGCCUUCUGCCUGUGUAGUGCCCUCUCCUUCUACCCCUCCCCCCACCCCCGCCAGCCAGUGGGUGUCUGGUUCUCUCCUUACUUGGGAAGAGUGUGGUGCUGGCUUCUUUUAGAAGGGCCCCUUUGAGCCAGGAGCCUGGCAGGGACAGGGAGGAGAUGUCCGUGGAGGUUGACAUUUUGGGGAAAAGGGUGCUCAGGUAAGCAUGUCUUCUUCCCAGGCUUAAGGAUCAAGUCCUUGCAGGAGAGGGUGGUGCCUACUCAGUUUCCAUUGUGGAGUUGGGAGUCCCCUUGACUCCCCGCUGGACCCUCUCUGUCUUGGGGCUGACAGCCAAAGACUGAGGUGCCUAUGCUCAGAUCUUUGACAUCCUCUAAAAAGCACUGGAGACUAGAGACGCCAAUGUAAAUGGCUUUCUGUGGGCUUGCAGUGGGCUGGGAAGCGCCAUCCCUACCUAAACACCCUGUCUUCAGCCUCAUUGCAACCUCAAAACAGACAAAUCAUGAAUGAAUCAGCUAGAAUGUUGCAAGAAUAUGCAUAUAAUAAAUGUAUAUCUAGAUAGAGAAAUAUAUAUAUUAGAGAGAGAGCUUUCACAAUGGCCAGCAGCCUUGUGGAGGACCUGGGUCACUCUUACCCUUGGCCAAAGGAAAGGGUUUGCCUGUCUGGGUCCUGAGGUUGCGGAAGGCACGUAGUAGUGAACCUUGACUCGGUAAGCAUCACCCUGGUGAGGGGACCUGCUGUGGCCCUGGCAGGCAGCUCCUGCUUGAGGUGGGGUGGCAGGCAUGAGGGCUGGCAGAAAAGGGCCCCUUCAUGCUGUGCAGCUCUCCAUCCAGGGCCCUGGGAGCAAAGGGCUGAAAGCCCCUGGUUUUCAUGGCAAAGCCCCACCCCAGAGCUCCUUUAACAUCUGUUAAUUAAGUGCAAUAAAUUUUUCUAGAAAAUGGCAAAGAUGACUUCCAGGUGGAUAUUGCUGUUUUACAGUGUUGGGGAUGCCAGAACACCACUUGGUUUUAUUUUUCUAAGUGCAUGUGACGUGACAGAGUGUGUGGGGCUCUGCGUCCUCCCCUGGGAGCUGGCAUUCCAGCAGGCCCCUCUCCUUUACCUUUGCUGGGGAAGGAGGCAAGGCGCAAACCCUUCUUCCCAGCCGGUGAGGGCAGAGGCAGAGCGUAGCCCACUGGCCUUAUGUGCGUGUGUGCGUGCGAGUGUGCCGCUGCCGGUGGGCCGGAGUGAUGUGGCGGGAGGGAAGCGGGGAAUGUAUCCUUUUCAAACGAAAUUAAAUAUUUUGAGAUGAGAA